ACGCUUAAAAAUCUGCUUGAAACCUCAAGUUUAACAUGAAGAAUAGUACAACAUGGAAAAUUAACAUUGAGAUAUGAAAGAUGUUUGGAUGUGCACGUUUUCGUCGUAAUAGUAUUUGGCCUCGCGGCGCCGUGGACGUGUAUGAAACCGACGGAUCAGUUCGUCAUGGCAUGAUCAUCGACAUCCAUCCUCAUCGCGGUUUUAUUGUGGAUUUCGAUUAUCCAGAGCAUCGCGCGGAUCUCGUUCCGUUUGAUCAAUGUGCGCCGAAGAAACGACGAUAUGACAUCUUUCAGAUCGGGGAUGCGGUGCAAGUCGUCGUGCGAGCUUCGGAGCAGGAUGCAUGGCGCUGGUACGCUGCCACAAUUACCGGCCGCCUUCACCGCCAUUUUGUGACUGUCAAAGUUCAGCGCAAAGAAACAGCCGCGGAGGAGGUUGUGCGGUUAGAGGCUGUACAGAACGUCAAGGAAGAACCGCACCGACGAUAUCGCCAACACACGCAACAGCUUUCGGAGCAGCUGCGGAGAUGCUUUCGGAGCAGCUGAGGAGAUUGGCGAGACCGUUUACCGUCAACCAUUUUCAGCGCUGGAAUUUGUUAGGGGUGGCAGACAUUUGGCUGGUCACCGUGGAAAAAAGCAGAAACUUUGUUUAUAUUUCACCUUCCGAACGGAAAUUUUCAGAAAAUGAACUGGAUGCGCUUUUCCGCGCCAUGCGGAGCCGCUUGCUGCGAGAUGGUUUUGUGGUGAGUUGGAAAAAUAUCCGCGGUGCGGGCUCCUUGUUAACGUCGCGGCGUCAUAUUGUCAGUCGGCUGAAUGAUCUUCCUGACGAUAUAACUGACAUAUUUCGCGAAUUAGGACAGUCCAGCGGACGGACGCUUCAGAAGCACGUUCGUGGAGGCGUUUCGUCACUUUUGCUCAAGAGCGACAAGCGCCGUGUUUACUCUCUACCUGACGAGUUGCUUCGUGCGAUCUUCCAGUUGUUAGAACUGCGGGAACAAGUGAGCUGCCGCCUGGUUUGCAAAACCUGGUCUUGGUUGAUCAAGCAGAUGAUGGGCUCGCACAUUGAACUCAAUUUAAGUAAACGCGCGUACCAUAACGAUGCACUCCUCAUGGCUUUAGAACAGGUCAUCAGUCGUCGUACCAAGGUAAUUCUGUUCACUUUUCUCGGAUUUCCCAGUGAUCCCUUUGGGAUACUCUUCAGCAUACUGAAAUUUAAGCGAAUCCGAAUCCCGGUGAUCGUCUUGUCAAAUUUGGACGUUUGGGCUAAUGAUAUCCUGGUAUUCUCUGAUUCAUGGACACUGCGGUUUCGUUCAGAAUGGGCGGAGGUGUGUGAUAAACUGGUUCUACACAAGACUACGGUUCGGGGAUUGCCGUACAUAGAUGUAGGAACGUGCCGGUGUUGCCUGAACGGUUUGGAAAGCGACACAAAUGAUUAUCUGUAUUACAUUGGUUGGCCCUUCUGUUUUUGGGUGGAUCUGUAUAAACAUGUGAAUAUUGAGAAAAGCGUUAUUGCCACACAGAACGUAGUGCCAAUGGAGUCAGCACUGGGUUUGUUGGAAAAGUGUUGUCCAUCCCUCUGCUGGGAGCAACCUUGGAAGUAUUCCGACACCUCCGCAUGUUUAAUGGCGUUGAAAAACGUGCUGUCAGAUCCUACUCCAUCCCAGAAUAUUAUUACAUCUCAGGUACUGAAGCUGUGGCAAAGAGGUGAUCCGCGAUUUAAGGACACAGCAACAUUAAUGGAUAACCCUCUCAAGGGCAUACCUCUCGAAUCGCUGCGGAAUGUGACGCUGUUUAUACUCUACUGGCAUUUCAUUCAGGAUGACCAGUAUUAAACGAACAUAAAGGUCCUUUCCAUAGACUCUAUCCCGGUUUCUCCGACGAUAGGCUAACCAAAAAAGACAAGAGAUAAACUGAAAGUCUGGGGAACAUGUUCGAUUUUGUUGAUGCAAAAAUGCUAGCUGGUAUUUACCGGUAUUUGAAUUGUUUUUACCCAGUGUUGUAUGGAAUGCGUGGAUCGAUGCCACUUCAGCAUUCUAUUGAUGACUUGUUCUAAAAUGUUUUACUGCGAGCAUGAAAAACCGA